AUGGACCCCGCGGGGCCGCGCGUGGCCACGGAUCCCGCCGGAUCGGGGGCUGCGCCGCCGCGCGAGGAAUUGGACGGGAGAGGAGGAGGAGGAGGAGCGUGCAGUGGCGCCGCAGCGGCGGAGGGGAGCGCGUCGCGGCUGGCGGGCGCUGGACUGGGAGAUCCGAGGGCUGGAAUUCUGGAAUCUUUGGGUCAAGCUGAAGCAUAUUUGCACACAUAUACCAUGGAUGUUCCUCAGUUGACUGCUGAAGGUGCCACACAAUGUGGAGAUAGAGUGUCUUUAUUGCCCCAGACUGGGGCACUUCAGUCAGAAACUCCUUGUCUGACCUUGGGCCGUGAUUCCAAUGCAGCAUCAAUGGAGAAGCUGCAUGGUAAUGAGUGCUUGCCAUGUGGUAAGGAGAACAUCGGAACAAAUCUCCAACCUAAACCUGAUCCAGAACAUGUUGAUAAUAGGAUGGGCGUUGCACGUCUUGGGUUGGACCUUAACACAUUAGAUAGUUCUGAUGCAGCAGAGCUUAACCCUUUCUUCCCUUACAAGAAGCUGGGGCAGUCAAAAGUCAGCGAUCCAUCGGAAUGUGGCAGCACUACUGAUGCUACAGAAGAAAGCGAGUCGCACAGAAAGUGGAGAGAAAUGAAGCAGAAUGGCUUUCUUUCUUCGUCUCAUGGAAAUGCAGUGGUACCUAGGCCACGUGGUCGACCCCCGAAAAGGAAAAGGGAUGACGAAUUCAAAAAGAGCACUUCCACACAGCAUGGCCAGGCUAACAAGUCUGUGAAGGUUGCUGCUCCUAGUGGCCUAUUAUCUGGGCUAAACCCUGGAAUCAUUAACCAUGUGAGAAAUAGCAAGCAAGUUUACUCCAUAAUAAAGGCUAUGGUACACUCUGAGAGGCUUGAGAAUGAGAACCAGCCUGGCUUUACUAGUCAAACAGGUGAAACAGGGAGAGAAGUUAGUGAGAGAAUUCAGGAUCAGAAAUAUGGUGGUGGUUUCAUGAAGUGCCAUUCGUUGAUGAAAGAUAAUAAUGCGGUGUUUCACCAAACACUGCCUACCACAUUGCAUUUCCUUCCACAGGAUGGCGAUAGUCUCAAACUGCAACUCUCAUCAGCAGUCACUAUGUCUUCAGAUAGGACCUGCAGUACAUCAGCUGAUGAUCCAGCAUCUAAUCAUGAUUACAUGACUGUACUGUCAGUAAAAGCGGCCAGUGUUGCUUCUCAGUGGUUGGAAUUACUGCAUCAGGACAUCAGGGGACGCCUUGCUGCUUUAAAGCGCAGCAGGAAGAGAGUCAGAAAUGCUCUUCACACGGAACUGCCAUACCUAAUCUCGACAGAAUUUCCAUCUAAUCAAGAGAAUGAAUCAUCCAUUGCAAAUAUUUCCGAGGCUGGAUGUACUGACAAAGCAGUUUCAGAAGAGCAUGUGGCACGAUGGAGAUCUCUGUUUGCCCAGAUGGACAGAGCACUUCAGGAGGAAGGGAAACAACUGGAGAAGCGGUUGAAGCAAGUGCAAGAAAUGCAAUUGAAUUGUGAUAAAGGCCUCAAACACAUGACCUGUGAAGCUCCUCUGCUAGGACCUCUGGCUGAACUAUGGAAGCUGAAGAACCCAGAUAUUACCGAGAGCGAGUGGGCGGUGCAAGCCGCUGCCGCAUCAAUCUACUCUACCUGCAACAUGGUCAUGAGAGCGGAGAACAACGUGCCUUGCUUCUGA